CAACAACAACAACAGCAACAACACCUCGAUUGAUAGCGUCAGUGUGCGCUAAAGGAACGACAAAUGAUGCAGCGUCAGCGGCGUCCAAGUCAACAGCAUUCGUUGAGCGGCGGUGAUGGCCAUGCCCAGCUCUCGGUGCCCUGGUUCAACCAGCCAGACAUGCGUGCGGCCCGGCGAGCGUCUUCGAGCGCCCUCUCCAACAACUCGACCACCGAUCUUGAGGAGAGCGUGUCCGACCAGGACUCGCUCCACGACGCCUCGUCUUCGCAAUCGCUCAGCAACCAAAGCUCUCGGACCGCUUCCCCAGGCCCAACUACGCCUUCAGGCACGCCCCUGCCAUCUCAAAAGAAGGGCAAGACCUCUGGCCUGCGACUCAGCCUGAAGAGUUUGCGCGCACCAAGGUCUCAGUCCCAACUGGACCAUGGACACCCUGGCGACGGACACCACCACCGGAUAUCCACUGAGGCCUCACCCAGAUCGGCUAUGGACAGGCGACUCUCCCUGGAUCAGCAAUCCUUCGAGAGUCAUCCCUCGUUCGAGAACAUCAACUUACGACAGAGGGAGUCGCCUCUCUCAGCCCUGCAGUUCUCGACUUCGGCACCAAAGCCGUCUUCACGCUUUUCCUUCAUCCACUCGCCCAUCCCAAUGUCUCCAUCCUCAAACCGUCCCUUUCACCAACGGUGUAACACCACUCCAAUGCAAUCUCCCGCACCCUCCAGUUACGGCACAUCGCCGGGACGGUCAAUGACCUCCCCCUCGCUGCAGCCCGUCAAGGAGACCCACACGAUGAUGAAGGAUUAUGAUCCCAUGACUGGAAACAAGAUGAUCAACAAAUACAUGGUGGUGCGGGAACUGGGCAGAGGCGUGCAUGGGAAGGUGAAACUAUGUCGCGAUACUAUUACAAAUGAGUUCUGUGCCAUCAAGAUUGUCGACAAAACCACCCGUAGGCGUCUUGGACGCUCACAGAUCUCGAACGAGCAGAAAAUCCGGCGAGAGAUUGCCAUUAUGAAAAAGUGUAUUCAUCCUAAUGUUGUCCGGCUCAUCGAGGUGAUUGACGACCCUACUGCUCGAAAGAUAUAUCUCGUUCUCGAGUACAUGGAAGGUGGCGAAGUGCGAUGGAAGGACUCGGAGGACAAGCCAAUCUUGUCGCUGCCGGAUGCACGUUCGAUAUUCCGUGACAUUGUAUUGGGCUUGGAGUAUCUUCAUAUGCAAGGCAUCAUCCACAGGGACAUCAAACCAGCCAAUUUGCUGUUAUCAGUAGAGGGUACCGUUAAGAUUUCGGAUUUCGGAGUCUCUCACUUCAGCGAAAAGAAUUCAUUGGAGCGCGAUCUCGAGAGCUCGCCCAUUGUCCACAAGGGCUUCCACAUCCCUGCGGCCAGUCAACCCGCAGCGCAUGCCUCAUUGCCGUCCCCUGUAUCUUCUUCGUUCCCGAAUAAGAACCCUUCGCCAAUGAGCGGUGGUCAGCACACGGAGCACGUAUCGCCCUAUCAGCAGAAACGCCUUUCGACUAUUACUCAGCAGCAACAGUGGGGUGACGAUCUGGAGCUCGCCAAAACAGCCGGAAGCCCUGCAUUUUUCGCGCCAGAGCUUUGUCACGUCAGCGAAUAUUCAUCUGCACUUUCAUCAGCAGUGCCAUCAGCACCUCAGACGUCAUUCGCCCAAUCUUCCUCGCUUCCUCGGACACAUCCAUCAUCGUCGACCGGAGCGCUAAAUGUCUAUACUGGACAUGGCGGGCCACGACCGCCGAUUACCAAGGCGAUCGAUGUAUGGGCGCUCGGUGUGACUCUCUACUGUUUCGUGUAUGGGCGCUGUCCGUUCAUUGCCGAUACGGAAUUUGAACUCUUCAAUAUCAUCCCAAGGAGACAACCCAAUUUCCCUGACAGCGUUCCAGGCCGAGAGGCCGUAGAUCCAGAAUUGAAGGAUCUGCUCUCUCGUCUGUUGGAGAAGGAUGUUUAUAAGCGGAUUACGCUCAAGGAAAUCAAGGAACAUGCCUGGGUUACAGAGGAUCUUGACGACCCUGUUAGAUGGAGGAUCGAGACUGAUUCGAGCAACUACCAGCGGGUGCAUGUCACAGAAGAAGAGGUGAAGGGCGCUGUGACGAUCAUAGACAAGAUCAAGAAUCGGAUCCGUAAGCUGUCCGUAUCGCUCAGCAAUUUCACGAUGAACCGUCGACGCAGCCGAUCCAUCUCUUCAGCCUCGCAAUACGCCCUAGGUAAAGAAAAAUGAGAUCUCAAGACAAAAGAAUGAGACCAAAAAAAAAGAGUAUUAUGUACUGUAGACGUGAGACAAUGAAUUUAACGCUGAAGGUGGGUUUUUUCUUUCUUUCAUGAUAGAUUCUCCGACAACGGCGACAACGACAGAACACGGGCCAAUUCCCAUCAUUCGACCACCCAACCCUUCUGGCCCGUACUGGUCUUCUUCAUACACACAACCACAACCGCAUUGGGCGGCGGCCAACGCACACACACAGCCACAAACUCCAACGCACUAAACAAAAAAAAAUACUAAUGAAUUCAUGCAAACUAAUAACAGAAACGAUAGAUAUGACAAAAAAUAAAUAAUUCACGCGAGAACGCUUUAAUGACCAAUAAAAAAACCCCC